CUCUUUUCACCUUUCCUUCCUUUCUAGACUUUCUGCCUGAAACUUUCUGGGGUGCAUGGUUUUUCUUUUCCCUCACUGCAAAAAGCAGGCAGGCAACGAAUAUGGCAGAGACUCGUCCAGAUAUCUACGUUGAAGGUCCGGUUUGUCCACCACAGCAUGAUAGCAAAGGAGGAGGAAAAGAUGCAGUCUCUUCUUGCUCGUACCCUUUUGAUGAUUAUCUUCAGGGCUUGAGGCAUCAACAGGGAAUAAAUGGUUUCAGAUGGCAGCAGGCAGCAGCAGAUACUGGCACAGUCGGAUUCAUUGCAGUAGGAUUUUCAGAUUGCCCAUCUGAUAUCCAGCAUCCUACAGGCACAACUCCAGAUCAUAUGGUUUCCAGUAAAAGGAAGCUUGAGGAAGAUGAGCAGGCGCAAGUGUGCUCUCCAUCUUCACCUCAACAGUGGAAAAGGGAAGAAACGGAUUGCACGCUAUCUUUAUCUCUGAAUACUGCGGGGAAGAGAAGGUGCCUGUGGAAGGGUCACACUUGCACAAACAGCGAGACAAGUGAAACUGUUUCAUGUUAUUCGAGGGUAAACUUUGCGGAAAGCCUCGUGCCUUGUAUGGAGAAUAGCAGUAUAAAUUUGGAUCUCAGCAUUGCGAUGUAUGGUUCCUCUGUUGAACAAGAAUAGGUUGGUAUAUUAACAGUUUCUACGUAUUUGUAGGAAAUCCUUGUUACCCAUGUGCCCUUAUUGUAGAUGGAGUUCACAUUGCUUCUUAAUCUUUCUACCAUGCGUACAACUUUACGAUAUAGAUUCUAUCUGAGUUGUGCUCUGGAGGAAGUACUUUUUUAGCAUCGAAUAUUAUUGUUUCCGAUAUUGUUGGUGCAUUGGAAAGUUAAUCUGACGAAAUAAGUUAAAGAGCGGUGAUUGCAAAGUUGGGAGCUGAAAUGGACAAGCGGGUGCAGAAAUUUUACCGGCCCUCGAAGGUCGAUCACAAGGGAAGCACAUCUUGUUCACAUUUGAUUGAGUAAAUCUGGGGUGCCACAGCUUUGGUAUAUACAGAUCAAUUUUGGGUAUCUCUAAGACUUCGAUGCUAGUGAAUAGCGAUAAGCAAAUUUAUUGGUCCAUUUAAACUUUGUGGGAUGCUCAUUAUAUAUAUAUGACAACAGAAACAUUAACUUAGUGUCAUAUGAUUAGGGCAGAUUCGUGAAAUACUAUGAAUAUGUAUGAAUCUGUCUUGGGCAAAUUCAUACCAUGGAACGUUCUAUUGUUUUACAAAAUCUGCACCAAUCUUUGAAAUACUAAGAGGGACACAUAACACAUUGUGGUAGUUUUCUAAUUGUCAAACAUCCCCUUAGAGAUUGUUCGAUUGUUAGAUGAGAGCACCUGUUUUAGGAACAAAAUAUUAUGCUUCAUGUAGGACACCAAGGUGAGAAGCAUAGAACACACAAGAAAGUGCCUUCAAAACAAGAAACAGAGGCAUCCUAUGUAUCCGCAGUACCGGAACAGACAGGCCCGACCAUCUUAUUGCCUGAUGUUGUCUUUGUUCACCACUCUUCUUCCUUUAGCAUGUUUGCAGUACAAUCUUUCUCCUGGUGCAUGAGAGG